AUGCCUUCCUUUUCCUCCUACCCUUCAGAGCGGGCCUUGGCUAGUCUACAAACAGCUGCUGAUGUUAAAGUAAAGGAGCUCAAGGCGGCCCUCGAGGAGCAUAAGGUCCAGAAGGAGGCGUUGCGUGGAGAGCUGCUGCGUGUGAAGUCGUCAAUUGGUGAUGCAGUUCGAGGGGCUGAGAAGGGAUGGGAGGUUGCUAUACGUAAUUUGGUGGACUUACCAGAGCGGUACAAGGCGACCUACGACGACUUCCUCCAAGCUAAAGUGAGGGUCGAGGAGCUCACGAAGGAGCUGGCGGAGGGACACAAGCAACAGAAUAGACUUGAGGAAAGAAUUAAAAGGCUGCAAUCGGGGAAGUUGUCAGCGAGUGAGGAGAAGACGGAGGCUACUGCACGACAACUACGAUACGAGAUACGACAGUUGAAAGAUGAAUAUGCUGACUUGGCUACACGCAACAUCGAUUUCAAACGGAUGGCUGCUGAGGCGAGAUGCGAGGCUAUUCAAAGCGCGAAGCUCAUUGUGACGUACAAGAGAGAGAAGGAUGCUGCUGUUCUCGAGAAGGAGGAAGCCCUUGCUGGUAUGGGCAAGGCGGAAAGGAAGAAGAGGUAA